AUGGCGGCCACGGUGCUCACCAGCCUCUCCACCAGCCCGCUGGUGCUCGGUCACCCGCCGGAAGGAGGCGCCCGCCAUGUCCUCCAGCUGGCGCAGCAGCAGCAACACCAGCGGGGACUGGAGCUGGGACCCCCCCAGCGACCGCUCCACCCCCCACCCCCUCCACCCCGUCGUCUCCAGCCAGUCCCCAGCACCUUCCUGCCUGCCCCGCUGCCGGACGAGGGCCCCGACGAGCCCGACGGCACCCACUUCGUCUUCGGAGAGCCCAUUCCGCGGAAGAGGAAGAACUCCACCAAGGUGAUGUUCAAGUGCUUGUGGAAGAGCUGCGGCAAAGUCCUCAGCAGCUCCUCAGGGAUGCAGAAGCACAUCCGAACCGUGCACCUUGGCCGGAAAGCUGACCUCGAGCAGAGUGACG